GGUCCCCUACCCUGAAAAAAGGAGAAUUCAGGAAAACAAGUAUAAAGGUUGCUUUGGGCUGAAUUUUAGCUUUAAGUGGUUGAUCUUGGUUGGGUUUGGGUAUGUCGUUCAGUAUUUUGAGAGCUUUCCAAAGUUUUUGAUUGAAGAUUUUGGAAAAUACUUUUGUUUUUUGUACAGUUUUUGUUUCGCCUUCUUUAAAAUUUAGUAUUGCUUAUUUACUUUAAAUGGUGAAUACAAGUAAAUUUGGCCGGGGACGUGGGCGUCUAAUCUGCAGAGCACCCUCUAGAGAAGUUCAACAAGUAUAUGGACAAUGUUUCUACCGGAGAGAAGAAGGACGUGACCAGACUUACCGAAAACCCAGUAGACCUCUAGUUCCGGAAAACAAAUCAGAACUUGAAAAAUGGGAACCGCGGGUUAUGAGCCCCGAAGGUAUUGUUGACAUUGCAAGACAAUGUAUCGAAGUGACCGAUACAUUCAUAAGUUUGGACGUUUACUUGGACAGAAAUAAACAAUUUAAUUCUUCUAAUCUGGAGCAACUUCGGGAAAAACAACGACGUCAAAAUCCAUUGAAAGACGUGAAUCCUUCUAAAUACAUUGAAUUAAUUGCACAAUGUGAGGCUAACCCAGGAAAGUUCCCCGGAACUUUGUAUUGUCUAAAACUGGUAUUGGGGGAGGCAACAUUAAAUGAAUUUGUACGAAACAUUGGUUGGACAGAGGAUCAAUUGAGAGAAUGGAACAUCACGUGA